AUUGUUUAUCGUGAUUCCUCCCGUGGCCGGUAUUUGGGUCAACCACUUGAAGCCAUUGCAGAGAAUAAUGAAAACUCAUUAUACGCACAACCAGAAGAUAUACUGGCUCGAAUGCAACAUGCUACUGACGCCAAUCGUGGGAAUUAUUUACCAGACAAUCAAAUGGUGAUAUGAUAUUUGAUGAAGAAGAAGAGGAUUGGACAGGUAGAUGGGAUCAAGUAUUUUCACCUCCAGAGGAACAACAACAAUUUCAGCUGUCAGACAACACACAGGCGGUGGUCAUCAUCAACAACCUACAGUUGGACAAAUCUCAGCGUUUGGACCGUUUCAAACAUUUGUUGACAGUGAAUGUGGUGUAUUCUUGAAAAUAUAUCAAAAUUUAAAUCUAAUGCAUACAACAAGAGUUCUCUGUCCAAAUGUAAAUCUUCGCGUGGAAAGGUAUAUCUUCCCGAUUGAACCAGUUCUACCUUUGCAUGGCGAUGUUCUUAUCGCUUGUUACAUACAGCCUAAUUUCUCCGCACAAUUUCAAGAAUUGCUAUUUCGUGCUCAAUUUCACACAUGUGCUGUUGACGCUGAAAAAUUAUGCUUUUUCAAAGCUGACUUAGAUGAAGCCUGUGAAAAAGCCUUAUUCCCAUCGACUGGUUGUGUAGAGCUGUACUUUACAUCACAUCGUGAACUACUCACAGAGCAUACGGAUAAUAUUGAACGUGGUUGUUAUAUUUGGACAACAGCAGAAAGAGAAUCUAGCAUCCUUAUAGACCAUCAUCAUCAUCACCAUCAACGUCAACGUGAUCCUCGACAACACCGUCAACAACAACAGUUUGAUGUGUUACAGAUAAGCGAUAAGCGAGUCCAACUUCAUGAUGACGAAGAAUUGGAUAUUACCACACCACUUACACCUCCAGCUCCUGCUCCCGCUGCUCCUCAUUCCCCUCAUCCUCCUACUACUGUUACACAAUUUCAGGAAUAUUAUAAUGGAGUACAGCACAGAUAUAAAACAGAUUUAUCAACAACACAAUUACCUCAUCCUUCUAUUUUGUCUACUUCCGCUGCAUUAUCGUCAUCAUCAUCAUCACGACAAGCUCUGCGUAUAUUGAUUACAACACAAGAACAAUUGAUUAGUGUAGCGAGUGGAUUAUUUACAGGACAUAUAAGCGAUACACAACCAUCAAUGUGGCCUUCUUCUAAUCAUACACAAGAAAUUCCAGAUUCAUCGAGACCGGCUCGAUCGACGUUAAUGCGACAAAUCUCUGAUCCACUUAGUCAUCCAGUGAUACGUGGUCGAAGUUCACAAAGUCAAUGGAUUAAUGUACAAGAUGCAUCACCACAUGGAACAACAAAUCAGAUACCGCUAUAUCAACAAGCGUUACUUAGUCCACGUGUACAAGUACCACAGAAAGGUUCAAUGCAAUCAGAAUAUCCAAAUACACUAACCGACCAACAACAACAACAACAACAGCAACAACAACAAUCUCAAUUGACACCGAAUCAGUCGACUGGACAAGUUGGUGUGAAUCGAACCAAUUUAGCCCAGUUACAAAGUUUAUAUCAACAACUUUUACAACAACAUCAACAAUUAUUACAGCAGCAACAACAGAGACAGCUCCAGCCAAAUUUAGAUUAUCCAGCGGGUCAACUGACGGACAGUAAUCUUUAUGCAACAGUUCAACGUCCACCGACUACUAUACCCAGUUCAUUGGUCGCAGGUUUACAACGUGUCAUUUUACAACAACAACAGCAACAACAACAACAACAGCAACUCCACAUUCCUCAAACGCAACCAUCAAUGUUACCCAGCGUUGUCUAUCCACAGCUCACAGCCAUCCAACCUCAACCGUUAACAACACUAAGUCUUUCUGGUCUAUCAUCCACAUCAGCAUUCAGUAAUCUUGCAAGAGCUUUACUCCCCACAUCAGUUGCCUAUAAUGCUGCUGCUGUUGGUGGUGGUGGUGAUUCAUUGACUGGAUUACCUGGUGCCGCUCCGCUAUUAACAGCUCCCAGUCUUAUGCCAAGUUCUAGUCUACUACCUGGUCUUCGAACAUCCCUAUUUGCUCAACCACAACAGCAACAACAAGCAACAGUACAAUUGCUACAGAAUCUCCCCAUCCAGCCAACGGAUCAUUCUUAUCUAGCUCAACAGACAAGAUUAGGCGGCCCAACAAAUGCUGGAUUAGUCGGUGAUUUAACCCAACCAGAAAUGUUGAAUGAUCCAGCCUGGCAUGCUGAACAACGACGUAGAAUCGAUUUGCAAAGAACACGAUUCUUGUUGAAUGAACAAGAAAGAAAAUUAUUUGAAGAAUUAAAAAAUAUACGAAAUCGUCGAGCUGGUCUUUCAAGAUUAGAACAAUUAGGACGUCUUGGAGCCAGUACAUCUUCGAAUGUUACACCGCUGGAAAGUUAUCGUCGAGCAACUGGACGAAUAUCAACAAGUGAAGAUGCUCGAUUUCGAAGUCGUAAUCGACCGUUGUAUGCAAUAGGCAGAUCAGGAUCAGCUGAUGCUGCAAGAGUACCACUUGGAAGCGGUGGUUACUAUGGCUACGGUGAUGCCUAUGGAUCUGAUCUUGAUGAAGAUUCAGCCUUGUUGGCUAUUCUAGAGCAAAGAUUGUCUAGAAAGCCAACAGAAAGUAGACGGAUCUAUUCAGAUUCUGAAAUGGGAUUACAAGAAGCUGCUGGUGAUAUUCCCCUUCGGAUAGUUGGACAACAACAACGUUCCGGUCAUGUAGUUGAUGGAUCUAGUCAAGCUUUUGGCGGUUCAUUGUUACCAGCCAGUUUACCACCUUCCCUGGAAUACCGUAUUCUACAACCAACUGAACAAAUUGACUAUCCUCCACUAGUACAAACAAUAGUCUCACCACCUUAUCAUCAUGUCAAAGUUCAUUAUGAAUACGAUGAUGGUGAUGGUGAUCGUGGCGACGAUGAUGAUGAGGAUGCUGACGAUGUUGUUGCCGCCGAUGGAGAUGGUCGUGGUGAUGCCCGAUAUCGAGAUAUCAGUCCAUUAUCAGAUGUUGUUGUAUCAUAUGGUGAACAGAAUGAAGAUAUGGAUUUAUUUCCACGACGACCAAGAAUACAAGUUGUACGUUCUCCGGUUGAAGCUUCUGGACGUCUCCCAACAUUCGGUGCAUCGUCAUCGUCAACAACUCGAGGAAGAACAUUUUCUGGUUCCCCGGUAAUUCAUCCAAGUCAAGGGCAAGCAUAUCCCAAAUCGAAACCACCGUAUACAUCGCCUACAAAAAGAUCACAUUUCUGGGGACACUCAAGUUACGAUGAACAAUGGUCAAGGCCACCAGUCGCAGAUGGGCCUACAAUUGAUCGAUCCUCUUGUACAAGUCCAGUUCAAACACAUUCCGGCCGCCUACUUCGAUCUCCAGUUAGUCCUCCACCAAGAGGAUAUAUUCGACGACCAUCAGAAUUACUUGAUGUUGGCAGUCAAUCCGACACAGGAAUUAUAGGUGGUUUUGGUUCACGUGUGUAUCCUGGUACCGCAUAUUCUGCUCAUGAUUAUCCAAAUAGACGACAGUACAGAGGAGCUCGGGGAAAAACUGCCGUUAGUGCCAAACGAGGACAACCUUCACAAAUGCCUUUAUACAGAAGUCCAGAAGUAAAUAAAUCGCAUAGACAGAAACAUACAGUUUCAACAGGGUUGGAACAAGUGCCAGACAAUGUCUUCAUGGUGCUAAGUAAAAUAUCCGCCUCCGCGCAUAUUUGGUACCGUCCUGAGAUGUCACGGAAUGAUGCAAUGGAUUUAGUCAGAGCUGAAGCACCAGGAACAUUUGUAGUACGAAAUAGCGGCAGCUUUCCACACUCAUUUGGAUUGGUUGUUAAAGUCGACCGACAUCACACGCAUGGUACAGAAGAUGAAUCUGAUUCCAUACGUCACUACUUAAUCGAAGGCUUACAGUCGACAACAGCUAGUGGACUGCAUCAUGCAGUCGGUGUAUCUGGUGUAAUCCUACCUCCAUCGAAUAUUCCUAUGGACCAAUCAUCUUUAAGUGUUACACAUGAGCCGGUUCGACUUCGCGGUUCAUCAAAUGAACCAGUAUUCACUAAUCUAGUCAGCUUACUAUAUGAGCAUAUAAUUCAACCGUUGGCUUUACCUUGCGUAUUAAGACUGCCUUUCAAAUCCCCUGCACCAAUUAAUAGUCUUCCUUCAUUGAUAACCUUGACAAAAAGCAUGGAUCGUAUAUCUCCGGUUCAAGUUGCCCCCAAGUAUACAUCACAAGUUGGAGCUUAUCAUCCUGCCCGAGAAAGUCCUCAUGGUGGUGCACUACUCCGACAUCCAUCAGACCCAUUACCUGCUGACUCAGGAUCUUAUGAAAUGGAGUCAUAUUAUCCACCACCGUCACACCACCAUCAUCAUCAACAACAACAACAACCAGGUAUGCCUCCAUUACCGUCCAGUAUGCACCAUUCAGCUAGACAAGAUGGUCUUCUAAUUGCCCCACCGUCUGGGGGGAGUAGUUCAAAAGUACGACCAAGUAGAUCUCCACCUGCUGUAUAUGAAGGGGAAAUGGGACCGAUUCUACCACCUGAUACAGGAAAAACAUUUACCUCCAUCUACUUGGGAAGUAUUGACACAGAAAAUCUGACAGGAUCAUCAGCAAUACGAAAAGCAGUCGAUGUCCUACUGGAAAAUGCAGCUCAGGUCAAGCAAACGGAAGUAACCAUUCGUGUUUCCCACGAAGGAUUAACAGUUACAGACAAUUGGAGAAAAUUAUUUUUUCGUCGCAACUAUCCAUUUCAUUCAGUUUCAUUUUGUGCUAUUGAUCCAUGUCAAAGAUGCUGGGAAUCACCAGAACUUAGAUCAAUGGGUUUCAAAUCUUCACUCAUCUUCGGUUUCGUUGCUAGGAAACAGAAUACACGUGAGAAUAUGUGUCAUGUACUGUGUGAUACACCAGAGUAUAAUGCAAACAUUAUUACAGAUUAUAUUAUGCAUAGAUUAAAUGAAUAUUAA